AUGGAUGGUAUAGCAGUAAUUACUGACAAUUUGCUGUACGAAUAUGUUAGAUCGCUAUGUAGAAGGUUGCAAUCACUACUUCCGAAUAGGACAGGAUACACUAUAGCAGAAGUGGAGUUGAACCCACAGUUUGUCAUAACCCAGAAUUUGCUAGACAGGGCCAACCCAAGCUCGUCACUGGAAGGUAACAACAAGACAAUAUUUGUAUCAAAUAUAUUUGAUUGUUUUUGUGGGAUGCUUAACAAUAUCAAUAAGGAAUCUAACCUGAUGAAAUUACGAGAUAGGGAUGAAAAAUCGUUAUCAUCAACACUCAUCAUAUUGAAACUUUUGGCUGAUAUUAUAGAGCGUAAUUGGCGACUGAAGAAAGCUAUAAAUGAUUUGAAGAAUGAAAUCUUUUCGUCCAAUUGUGAACUAGCCUCAAACUAUGCGAUAUUCUAUCAUUAUACGCCACCACCUCCAUUAAAUCCAUUGAUAAUACAUCCAACUAUAGAUACAUUAUUGUCUUUACUUUCUCCACUGGUAGUGCGUAAAGUUUUGACUCUUCUAAGAUCGAACCAGGCUGAAGGAAUGGAUUUGAAUCAUUUUUAUAGAAAUCUCAAUAGUAAUCAUUCCCACCAUUACAAUUAUGCUGCAGAAAGUACAAACUCAAAUGUUGGGACACAAAGUGGUGAUAAUGAUUCCAUAGGCAGCGGCAAUACGGUGCCUUCCACGGGCGGUCGCGAAUUCAUCACCAACUAUGUUAAUGAUAUCGACAACUACAUAGAGAUUGCUCUCAAAUUUAUCGCAGCAUCAAAUCCUGAGGAAUAUUUCGAUUACAUCGAUGCAAAGCUUUUUAAAUAUUCCAGGGUAGGCGAACUAGUUCCCUUACCAGCUUUGCAAAAAUAUUCGCCUUUAAUGAAACAUAUAUUUUAUCAAGCAUCAGUUGGCGAAAAGACUGCAAGAGAGGUUUACAAAGUUUUGCCAUACAUAAAAUCACAUUAUUGGAAACUAGCUUUCAUGGUAUUUUUUGCGACAAGUAUAAAAGAUCAAUGUUUUUCAAGACCUGAAGAUUACCAAGAAUUGGUCACACCUGGUUGCGAAAUAGAGCUUGGAGUAAGAGUCUUAUUCGAUUACAUUCAUACUGUCAUAGAGGAAUCACCAUAUUCAGGGUGUAGUUCGAUAGUUCAGAGUUGGUUAGGCGUUCUUUGCGUAAGUGAUUUUGUUGAAUUAGAAAAUAAACCAAACAAAUUGAGAAUUGCAUUUAACAAAAGGUUGAAGUUUUUGAAUACUAUAUUAAAGGAUGCGUCGUCAUUGGCGAAUUUGGAUUCUUUUGAUUCAUUAAUCAACAUUUUUCAUUUAGGGGCUGCUUUGACUAACACAAGCGACUUCACCAGUGAGCACUCUGUGUACAAAUUUUCUGUGGUUCAUUUGGAUGAAACUCAUGAAAACUUGAAUAGAUUAAUAAACAAAUCUAAGAAUAGUGAUUUGAAACAAUUGCAGGAUAACCUAUUGAUAAAUUUUUAUAUUGCAGCAUUAAUGAUCAAGCCAAAGAAAUAUAUGAAUAUCUUGGUUGCCAAGUUUAACGAAUCGAUGUCAGAUAUGAGGCAAGUAAGAAUUUUAAUUAAAACUAUUAAAGGUAUAUCCGAGUUUGAGAGAACAACAGAUAUUUUUAGACAAUUAAUCACAAAAUUGUCAGGAUUUUUAAAAUCCAUGAUAUUCCAGCUUACUAGGUUCUUGACUCUUCAUGGCCAUUUCGAUGAGUUUUCUACUGGAGCCCGCUUGGAUGAUAGCGUAAGCGUUGUUCAAAGUAACGAAGAACAGGUAAGCACAGGAGGGACUUCUGAUGAAGAUGCUCUCAUUUACAAACCUAAUAUUGACUCAAAUCAUUCUUCAAUAUCAAAUCUUGACCGUUAUAUUACGCAGUUAUCUCCGUCUUCAACCAUGAAAGAAUCAGUGAACUCAAUUGACAAUAUUAUAUCUAACAUGAGUAUGGAUGCAUCGACAUAUAUGCAGCCAUCUUUCGAAUGUUUUACAGAUUCUCAAUUGAUGUUCAAUGCAGAAAGAAUGUUAUCAGAUUUAUUUGGUAUAUUUAUUGGUGCCCCAGAGCUUUAUUUUAAUGAUUCUGAAUUAAUGAAUGACGAACAAUUGCUUAAUACAGACAAAGAGGAAAUUCGUAAAAGAAUUCGUAAGUUUGCUUACGAAGUUACUAUUCCUUUGCAACUCGCAUUUCAAACCAAGAGUUCCCUUGAAAGCUCAAUACUAUUUAAUUCAGCGUGCGCAUUAACUAUGACGUUGUUCGAUAGGGAGAAUAAAAUUUCAAAGAAUUAUACAACGAUUUCAGCCUAUGGUAACUAUUUAAUUUGCAUUAACAUUAUUCAAUCUAUUUGUGAAGCGUGUUUGCAUUUAUCACUUACCGAUGCAAAGUUCAAAUCAUGUUUUUUAUUUUUGAAUAAGUUUAUGCAGGCAAGAGACGGCUACUCUGAAAUUGUAAAUGAAAAUGAAUUGAUAAAUGAUGGUUCUACUCACCAGGGUUGUACAGACGUAUUUCAUUCUUUCGAGAAGAUACUACUUUUAUCCUUAUGUACGCAUGACAUUCAAUUUUACAAUAUUGCCAAAGAUUCCAUGCAGUGGUAUUGCAAGGAAAUUAACUCCGUUCUUCAUUCAAACGAACGUUGUUGUCCAGAAAACUUGAGCGAAACAUUCGAAAAGGUAAUUAAUGAUGAUUCGGUUUUCACUGGUUUUGUUUCGUUGCAUAAGAGAUUCAGAAAUAUUUUGAGAGAAUCGAAGCCAACCAAAUCACUCUAUGAGAUUUGGUUGAUAAUUUAUAGAAGAUGGUUAGAAAAAUUAGAAAGUAAGAGUACUGUCAAUGAUCAAAAUUUAGUGUUCCGUCAUUUUACUGGGUUUUUGGUUUCUACAUCUGGAUGCUUCUUGCAAAAGGAAUUUUCAAUUGACGAUCCAGAACAAAAGCUAAAACUGCAGGAGUAUAUUUCUGAAUUUUUUGAUAAAUGUACCAAUUUGCUUACGUCGAAUGACCUAGUAAUUAGAGUUAUUAUCAAGGAUGCGUUGUCCAUGGAGUCUCACUCGGCUGUUUUUCAUUUAAUAUGCAUCAAGCUUAUGAGCAUUGCAGGCUCCUAUUCUGACAAGAAAAUUGCUAACGAGGAAAGUAUUUUAUUUAUGGAGCAAGUUCUUGCAAUUUUGGCAACUAUGAUUGGACUAAAGAAUGAUGGAGCUUUUGUAUUGGCAUCAUUGCUUCCGGAAGUUUGUGGAUUCAUAAUUGAUUUUAUUAACUUAGUUAAAAAUGUGGCUGAUAAUUUGAGAUUAAAACUAAGGUUUUGUAAACUAGGAUCUGCCCUUGAAAGUGAUAAGACGUGUGUUGGUCUUCGAGGUGCAUUUAAGUUAAGGAACUUUUUUGCCAAAGCAUCAGCUGAAUGGCUUGAGCUGGCUAUUUUUUUCGAUGAAAACACCAGUGAAGAUUCUCCUCACACUCAAUCCUUUUCCUUGGAUAGUCUGAUAAAUUCCAAUAAAGACUCCGAGAAUGCAUACUUGAAUAUUGAUUUAGCUACCGAGUGCUCAAAAUGUCUAUCUUUACAGUUAGAAGAAUUACUCCUUGAAAUUCCAGAUGGUACGAAGGAUAAAGAUAUCCGUAAAAACAAGGAUUUAGCGUUUGCAAAUUAUUUAUCUUUAUUCUACAGGAUCCUACAAAAAUACACUUCAUCAGAGUUAACUUCAAAGCUUACUAAAUCAAAGUAUAAAGUUAAUUUGAUUACAGAUAAUGUAUUGAAAAGUAUUUCUAAUAUCCUACAAUAUGAUACUGAUAUCGGUAUGCAAUUCGUGUUACCAUUGGGAUAUCAUGAUAAUCCGAAGAUAAGGGCAAUAUUUUUAAAUGUUUUCGCAAAUAUGUUGGCGGCUAGGAAACUAAGUAAAUCAAAGGAGGAAUUCCCUGAUAAACUUUUAAAUGAAUUGUCUGAACUAUAUGAGAUAUGCAGUAUAACUGCUGAAGUGGCACCUCUAAACGAGCAUAAUUUAUUAGCCUCAUCAUUAUUCCAAUUCUUUGGCUAUACCAAAAAGUUAGACAAGCUUUUUAAAACACUCUUAAAUGAUGAAAUAGAUCAUGUGUCAAGAUCUAGUGAUAUAUUUAGAAGGAAUAGUACUUUGACGAAGCUAUUAUCCAAUUUUGCAAAAGAUUACGGAUUAGAUUAUUUAUCAGAAACUUUACGCCCAUUCAUACUAGAAUUGGAUUCUAAGAGGGUUAUAUUUGAGGUCGAGAAAUCUGAACUGGGACCAGAAGAUGCAGAAUUAUUCAUGAAAUAUUUAAGAAAAUUGGUGGACGUAAUUCUCAGUUCAAUUGACUUGAUUCCUAUAUCUUUCAAGUACAUUUGCGCUGAAAUUUAUUGCUGUGUCCAAGAGAAAUUUGAAAAUGCUGCAUUGAUUGCAGUGGGUUCUUUCAUAUUUUUGAGGUUUUUCUGUCCGGCAAUUAUUAGUCCUGAAGCAUUUUUCGACAUUUCAGUAGAAGAUGUGAAAGUUAAAAGAACAUUAAUGCAGUUAGUUAAGGUGAUUCAAAAUAUGGCAAAUGGUUCCUUAGGUUUGAUCAAGUGGCCAAGUUUGCAAAGUUAUAUGGAUGAAUUGAAUACCAUAAACCAAAGAAUUUUUGACUUUUUAAAAGACAUUAUAACUGGUUCCCAAGGUACCUAUCCAUUCCAAGAAAUUACUGAUAAACCCAUUCCUGAAUUAAGAUAUUUGCACAGAUUUUUUUACACUUACUUUGUGAAGAUUAAGCAUCAUUAUAUUUUAUCAGAUCCGCUAACAAACAAUCAAAACUUACACCAGAAAGUAGAAUCAUACAGGCAAUUCGAUAAAUUAGUUAAGGAGUUGGGCCAGCCUAAAGCAUUAAUCUCAUUGGCAGUAUCUUCGCCAUACAAAAGCUUUGAUACAAAUAACAACACUAGUAGUAAUCAGUAUAACGAAUUCAUGGCAAAAAUGUCGGCUAACUACAUUGAGUCGACUGUUGAUUGCCCUGUUGUUCAUAAUUCGAUUUUUCAUGAUGGAACGCCCGUUGUGGUUUUGAAUUUUGGCUACUUGAAACAAAUGAAUAAUGAUAUUUAUUUAUUUACUUACAGGCUAUUUGAAUUAGUUAGCCAGGUUUGGGAUAACAAAUACUACUUGGUUAUUGAUUUUACAUCGUCCCUUCUUGAUACGCAGUCACUUUCACUAUACGUGUCGCUAUUGAACACUUACGCUCCAAUCCAAUUUUUUAAGAAUUGCAGUCGUAUUUAUUAUUUCAAUAUUCCACAGGUUGAGAGUAGCUGCAUCUUGGAGACUAUGAGAGCUUUAAGACUCAAGGAGCAUAGGUCAAACGCUAGGCUUUACACUUAUUCUCAGGCAGAUAGCCCAAGAAUUGUUAAUAGUUUAUGUUUAAAUGAAGAAACACUUUCUAUUUCAAGAGAUAACAAAGUGAUUUUUAGCGAGGUCUUGUUUUACGAUAAGAAUGUUGAACAGUUUGUACCUGUUACACUUAGAAUUGGAAGACGAUGGUUGCAAGUUUAUUUCAAUGAAUAUUUUUCAUUUAGCGGACCAUCCUGUUCAACCGAGGGUUUUAUACCAAUUGAAGUGUAUAAGCUUUCUGACAUUACUCGAUGUGAAGUUACAAAGUCUUCUAACGGCCCAACUGAUGAGUUUAUAAUAUCUUUCAACUUUGGUACUACAAUAAUCCUAAGGUCGCAAGAAAAGCUGGAGAUUUUGAAGUCAUUGUAUUUCACUACAUCAAGAAUACCCAAGCAAUUACUUUCAGAAGACAGAGAUGGCACCAGCCAUGAAGCAAUACCAUUUCACUGGUUUAGCAGAUUGUAUAACAUCACCUUCCAAGGCUUAUUAAGUUAUGACGAAGAAGUUAAAUCUGCGGCUGCAAUGUUAUUUGCAUCCUUAGCUACCUAUUUUGAAAUAGAUUUGGCAAUUCCAAAUGCUUAUUCUACAAAUAUAGCUUUUCCGUCAAAUAUUACUGAUUUCAUCGUUUCUACUUCACAAUAUCUUUCCAAGAGAAUGCCUACAGUGUCUCAUAGGUUUUUUAAAGCGUUCUUUGAUCAUUAUGAAAAGUUACCAAAUGAAAAUCGACUAAACGCUAUUUUAUAUAUAUCACCGUGGAUUGAUAAUGUGUGUGAUUAUAUUUAUUUAGAGAACGAUAUAAGUGGACCAGAUAGAGUUGCGGAUAUUAUUAGACAAUUUUGCAGGAUUUCGUGUUUAAAUAAAGAGCAAAGUGCGUAUUUGAAUGAUUACAUUUGGAAGAAAUUAUUUAAUGAAAGCAGGCUUACGCCGAUAUUAGUAGAUGAAGUUGUUGCUUACAUUAUUGACAAUAAGAAUGAGGGACCUGAUUGGUACUUCAUAAUCUCAUUCAUAUCACCUUCUGUGGAAGUAUGUAAUGAAGUCAUUUACAGAUUGAUUUUAUGCGUGAGCAAGGCUAGCAUUACUGAUUCAGCAAUUGCUUCUCAGAGUAAAUUAUUUGAAAUUAAAGUAUUAAUAAAGAUUUGUGCAUCUUUGUUUUUUAAUUCUUAUGCAUUGGGUCAGUUGUUUUUAGCUGAUGUGUUCUUUUUCUGUACACUUUUUAUUGAUAACCCUGCAUUAGAUUUUGGUGCUGAUUUGCAAAAAUUAUUCAUCAACACAAUACAGUCAUUUUUUCAAAAACCUGGUUUAACUGAGAAGCAACACACCACAGUUGAUGAGACACUUUCUUAUUUUAGUGGCCAACGGGCAAGAAUGCUAUUUGGCUUAACAAGAGACAAGAAUAUUUCUAGGUCGGAUCUAAGUCAGUCAUAUAAUAGAACAACAAAUUUUGAAGUUUUGUGCCAGUAUUUAAAAGAUUUUAUAAUAGAAUUAGGAUCAUCUGAUGAAAGGUCGAAUUGGAAGUCACGCUGGUGCUCUUAUGCCAUAGAUGUCGCUUUUAGCACAACUUCUAUAUUUCAAAUUAGGGCUAUCCUUGUGGUGGGGAUUCUUUCCCAAAACGGAAUUAAUGAUUCCACGGUUUCAAGAAUUUUUAAGUUGGUUUGCCAACAGCCAAUUUCUUCCUUGGAUCAUUUAAAUAGCCUUACCAUCAGUUGUGCUCGAAUUUGUGAAGGAUUAUCUUCAGAUUCAGUGUUUCCACAGGUCAUGGUUUGGCCUCAUCUUUGCUAUUCACUUCUUAGUUAUUCUGCGUUGUAUCAGUCUUCCAUUCAAUGCAUUUUGAACUCUAUGAGUAAGGCUGUUCUUCAAGGAAAUUACUUAGACAUAAUUUUUGAACAGAGGAUUUACUUGGAGCCGUUUAUCACUGAAUUUGAGCAUAUGCAUGAUAUCCAAAUUGAUAAAUCUAAUUUUGAAUUCUAUACCCUUUUCACUUUUUCACAUGGUUUGAGACUUCCUCAUAUAAGACACACAUCUUUAAGUUGCAUGAAAAAAUAUUUUAAGUUAAGAUAUAGUAUUAGGUCUGAUGACGAAAUGGAAGAACUUUCACCUUUGAAUAUUUGUUUACCUUAUUUGUUGAUUAUCUUCUUAAGCUCUUCGGAUUCAGCAUUUGAUACAUAUUUGAAUGAAGUUAACUUUAAAACAGAGAAAUUUGCAUAUAUUGGAAAUGAAAGGGUUCCAAAGGUUAUAAUAGACUUUAUGUUGAGCGGCUCAAAAAGCGCUGAGGUUACGUUGAUUUAUUUGGCCCAUAUGUUUGCAAAUGAAGCUGUUGAUACUGUAUUCAAGCGAAAGUUUUUAAAUUUAUAUUACUAUUUAAUCAAGACUUACAAACCUUUAGGUUUCUUGAUUUAUCAUAUAAUAAAACCGGAGUUGGAGCAUAUUUUGAUAAAUUCCAAUUCGACAGAGACUGUGAAUACGAUAUCGGAGAUACUGCUUCUUGCAAUAUCUGAUGGAACUUAUAGCAUUGAGCGUUACCAACAUAAUGUGAAUAAAAUAUUGGAAUCAAAUCACAUUACAAUGAUAAGAGAUCAUAUCCUUAUUAAACAGAUGGACGAUCUUCAAACUAACGAUGGAUUGAAAUUGGACUUGGAUAGAGAUGUUAAAAUUCUACAAGAAAUGAUGUACAGAAGUUCGUGUAUCUAUAUCGAGGGCCAAAAAUUGGAAGAUUGA